UCGGAGAAGACCAGCAGGAAGUCCGGGAGACCCUAAAACUAUAGGCCCUCGAUCGCACCUUCUCCCCUCCAAGGAUGACGAGGGAGCUACUCAUCCCCUUGGUCAGCUGCCUCCUUGUCCUAAAACAGGCCAGUCUCAUCCGUCGCUGUGACUUGGCCAAGGUGCUGCACCAGGAGGAAAUGGAUGGGUUUGAGGGCUACUCCCUGAGUGACUGGCUGUGCCUGGCUUUUAUAGAAAGCAACUUCAACAUAUCAAAGGUAAAUGAAAAUGCAGAUGGCAGCUAUGACUAUGGCCUCUUCCAGAUCAACAGCCACUACUGGUGCAACGAUUACAAGAGUCACUCGGAAAACCUUUGCCAUGUGGACUGUCAAGAUCUGCUGAGCCCCAACCUUCUCGCAGGCAUUCACUGUGCAAAAAUGAUUGUGUCUGGAUCAGGGGGGAUGAACAAAUGGGUAGAAUGGAGGUUGCACUGCUCAGGCCGGCCACUCUCCUACUGGAUGACAGGAUGCCGCCUGGAAUGAAACAGGGUGCAGGCCCACUGUAGAGUCAUUCCAGGACUCCCGUCCGCACUUGGAGGUUCUUCGUUUCUUCUUCUUCUUGCCUCCGCUUCAUGUUAUUUUCUUCCCUUCCCAUUUACGAGACAAAACUGAUCAGAGCCCUGGGAAUAAAUGGUUUUCUCGGCUUCCUCCUUGUUGGCAUCCAGGCCCAAUCCCAUGGUUCCUGUCUGUCAUUUGCAAAACCAAGAGGACCACAAUAAAGAAAUCUAUAGUUUUUGAAUUAUU